AUGGGUAUUUCAGGAUUAUUACCAGCUUUAUCACCAGUAACAAAAGCUAUACAUGUUAAAGAUUAUGCUAAUAAAAGAGUAGCAAUCGAUGGUUAUAGUUGGCUUCAUAAAGGUGCAUAUUCAUGUAGUCAAGAGAUUGUAUUAGGUAUACCAACUAGAAAUUAUAUAAACUAUUUCAUUAGUCGUAUUAAAAUGUUAAUUAGUUAUAAAGUUAUACCAGUGGUUAUAUUUGAUGGUGGUCCAUUACCAAAUAAAAAAUUAAAAGAACAAGAAAGACUUAGACAUAGAGAAGAAUAUAAGAAUAAAGCAAAAGCAUAUCUUUUAGAAGGUAAUAAAUCACAAGCAAAUAUAUGUUUUCAAAAAGCAGUUGAUAUAACACCAAGAAUGGCAUUUUUAUUGAUUAAAGAGUUGAGGGCUUUAAAAGUUGAAUAUUUAGUUGCACCCUAUGAAGCAGAUGCUCAAUUAACUUAUCUUUCAAUCACUGGUCAAGUAGAUGCUAUCAUCACUGAAGAUUCUGAUUUAGUUGCAUUUGGUGCUACUCAUAUUAUAUUUAAAAUGGAUAAAUAUGGAUAUGCACAAGAGAUAAAGACAGAGGAUUUAGGGUCAUGUAAAAAGGAUGGAUAUGAUUUUAUAGAUUUUAAUCAAACAAUGUUAAGACAAAUGUGUAUUUUAUCAGGAUGUGAUUAUUUACCAUCAUUGUCUGGUAUGGGAUUAAAAACUUCUUUCAAAUUAUUGAAACAACAUAGAGAUAUUGAAAAAGUAUUCAAAUAUUUAAAGAGAGAGAAAUCGAAUUUCUCUCAAGAAUAUGAACAACAAUUUUAUAAAGCUGAUUUCACUUUUAAACAUCAACGUGUUUUCGAUCCAGUUUCAAGAAUUUUAACAACUUUAUUACCAUUACCUACUAUAAUUGAUUCAAGAUUUUUAAAUGAUAAUAAUAAUAAUACUAACGAUGGUGAUAGUAAUGGUGAUGGUAGUAGUGGUGGAAGUGGUAGUGGUGGUGGAUUUUUAGAUUUUAUUGGACCAGUAAUAGAUGAUGAAAUUGCUGAAAAAAUUGCAUUAGGUAUAAUUGAUCCAGAAACACAUGAACAAUUUGAUAAAACUCAACCAUAUCCAAAGAAUACAUUUACACCUCAACCUAAAAAACUUUUAUCACCAAUCUCAUUCAAUACUAAAGAAUUUAAAAAUCAAACUAAUAACAAUAAUAAUAAUAACAAUAAUAUAAAGAGUAAUAAUGGUACAAAUAAUAAAAAUGGUAUGAUUUUAAAUGAAGGUAAAUUAGUACAAAAAGGUAGAAAUUUAAAUGACCAAUUUACAUUUGCUUCAAAUAAAAUUACACAAUAUAUGACAACAACAACAACAACAACAACAACAACAACAACAACUAAAAAUAAUAAUAAUAAUCAAAAACAACAACCAAUGAUAGAAGAUGAUACAGGUUAUGAUUUUCAAAUUGAUAGUUUUGAAAUAGAUGAUUGUCUAAAUGAUGAUGAUGAUGAUGAAAGUAUUAUAUUAUCAAAUAAUUUAAAUAAUCAAGAAAACGUUUUAGAGAGUGAUUGUGAGUUUGAUGAUGACGAUGAUCAACGUGGUAUUGAUGUAGAUGAUAGUGAAAAGAAAGAUUCUUUUGUUUUAGAUAGUGACUACGAGGAUGAAAAAGAAGAGGAAGAGGUUAAGUCUUCUACCUUUAAUAGCAGUAGUAGUAUUAGUAGUGGUAACAGUAGUAAAAUAAAGAAAACUUUAGUAUCUAGUAAAUUUUUUGUGUCAUCAGAAUCUAGUGUACUAGAAUCUGAUGAUGAUGAUGGUGGUGAUGAUGAUGAUGAUAGUUUUAAUCAUAAUCAAAACUUUAGUAGUAGUGGUAAUAAUAUACAACCAAAUUCAAAUAUAUUUCAUAAUGGUGAAUUAAGUUCAUAUGGGUAUCAAAAGAAUCAAAAAAAUUUUAAAAAUGUAAAUAGUAAUAGUAGUAGUAAUAGCAGUAAUAGCAGUAAUAGUAGUAGUGGUAAUAGUAAUAGUGGUAAUAGAAUUUUUAAUAGUGGUAAUAGUAGUAAUAAAAACAAUACAAAUGGAGGUAUAGUAAAAUCAACAUUACUUUCAAGCAAUGAUAGAGUUAGUUUGAACUUUUUUGAUCAAUUUCAAUUUGAUGGUAAAAAGAAACAAAGUAUUUUAGUGUCUCAAUCAAGGAAAUCAUUUUCAUCACCUACUUUAUCAAAUAAUGAAGAUUAUGAUAGUAGUUUUGUUUCUAGCACAAUCCCAAGUAGUAUCGGUGAUGACUAUGAUCAAAUGAAUAGCUGUAGCAACAACAACAAUUUUAAUUAUAACAAUUCUAGCAAUUUCAAUAAUAAUAAUAUCAAUAAUAGUAACAAUAAUAGAAACAGUGGUUUUAGUGGUUUUUUAAAGAGAAAGAGUUCAUCACAAACAGCAGCUCCAACAACUCCAACAACUCCAACAACACCAAAAACAUCAUCAUCAUCAUCAUCAACACUUACAAAUUCAACAAUAACAACAGAGCACUCUAGUUAUAUAUUAAAGAAACCAAAAUAUCAAGCGACUUCCAAUUCUCCAAUAUCAACACUUGAUUCAUCUCAAAAUUACAAUGACCAAUCAUUUAUUUCAAAGAAAGCCCACUCUUUCUCUUCUUUGGAUAGCGACCUUAUUUUUAAAGAGGAUGAUGUUGAUAAUCUUAUUUUCAACAACAAUAAUAAUAAUAAUAAUAAUAAUAAUAAUAAUAAUAAUAAUAAUAAUAAUAAUAAUAAUAAUAAUAAUAAUAAUAAUAAUAAUAAUAAUAAUAAUAAUAAUAAUAAUAAUAAUAAUAAUAAUAAUAAUAAUAAUAAUAAUGAUAAUAAUAACAAAAUUACAACACCAUCAAAUAAAUCUUUUAAUUCAAUAGUAUUGACAACUACAUCAGCAACUACAUCAAUAACACAACAAGAUAAUGAAAUUUAUACAACACCAAAAAAGAAAUUACCAUCAACACCAAUUUCAUCCUCAUCAAAUGAUAUAAUUUCUAAAUAUUUCUCAUCGCCUAGCAAAGUUGGACCAAAAAGUGAAGGUGCACCACCAACUCCAGUCAAUUUGGAAGGAAUGUCAUUAAGAUCAGUUUUAAGUUUAAGAUACCAACAAACAAUGGCCUCUUCUCCGACUAAAUAA